AUGGCAGCAGCCGCUUCAGUCUGCUUCAGUAACAGCAGCAGCGGCGGUGGCGGCGGAGGCGGCGGAGGCGGCGAACACAAGGAGAAAGACACGUGGACCUCUCGUCGCAGCGCGUUCAGGCUACCAUUUCUGAGCGCGAUUCCCGACUCGCCCCUUGACCCCUCCUCCCUUCUCUCCUCCCCCGCCGUCACCUCCCCCUCCGCCUCUACCGCCGCCACUGCCGCCGCCGGUGCCGCUGAGGUCAUAGCGGAGAGCCUUUCAUCCGCGUCCUUCAUUCGUCGGCGCGCGCAUCAAGAGGCUUUCGCGCAUGGGGCGGGACAAGAUAUUGGUGGUUAUAACGCGCGGGAGAAGGCUGAUAGUGGCGGCGGUGACUAUAACGCGCGGCAGAAGCAUCUUGACGCGUACACAGCGGACGACGACGAGGCGACUGUGCGACGUCGCCUGGCCGCCGAGGGGCUGGAGUUGCGCGACCUGGUGCCACGUGGACGAAUGAGCGCGUGGCACGUGGCCAUCGUGUUCGUCUAUCACAUGCUGCCGUACACGCCCCUCCCCUGCACGCUCGCCAUGCUUGCUUGCUUCUAUGGGUACAGGGCGUACGGUUGGCAGGGCGCAGUGGCAGUGGUGCUGCUGCUCCUCUUCCUCCGCCUCAUCCCGCUCUAUUACAACUCCGCCUGGCGCAGGAAACUCACUUUUCUCUAUGAGGCAAUGGCUCACUACAUGACACGUGUGCGAGUCAUCGUGCCAGCUCAGCAGGUGCCACGUGGCGGGUACCUGUUCACGGCACACCCGCACGGGCGCAUGUUCUACAGCAGCAGCAUGCUCACGCAGACCGCGCACCUCUGGAAAGACACCUUCUGUCCCCACGGUGAGUGGUGUUUACUCCCGCCUGCCACACAUGCUGGUGCGCCUUGUGUGGCCUUGCGACGCAUUGGCGAGCUGUUCGGAGCGGCCAACAGCACCUUCUUUGAGGUGCCAGUCAUCCGCUCCAUGCUGUGCCUGGCUGGAACAAUCCCAUCCCUCACCUUCCCCCCCACCUUAUUGCUCUUUCCUCCCACACUCCCUCCUCUCCCCACCAGGCGAGCUGUUCGGGGCGGCCAACAGCACCUUCUUUGA